GCUUGCCCUCUGUUGAAGGAUUUACUUCCGGGCACACGGUCCACCCGCUCGCUCGUCGAAAUCAAAAUGUAUGAACUGGAUAUUUUUCCGCGUUUCAAGAUAAUGCAAUAAUUUACGACGACUUCUGCUGUUUUAACUAUAGAUAUAUUUUUUGUUGUUGUUGUUGUUUGGUCGUGUGCAUUUACUUACUACUAUCCGUGAAAGAGACUUUUCUUACCGCUGGUUAAAGAAGAUGUCUGCGGAAGAGGCGGCAGACAAAACAACCCCGGCGGACGCGAGUGCGGGAGAUGGCGGAGACGAGGAAGAAGAGUGGCUCUACGGAGAUGAUGAUGAGAGAGCUGAUGAAGAAGAGGCCAAACUAUCCGCCGCUGUCAGUGCACCUAUUCCUGCUACUGAGUCAGAUGAGGCAGCUACUACAGGCAACGGAGUGGAAGCUCAGGAGAAGGAGCCAGGAGAUGAUGAAGACAGUGAUAGCGACAGCGACGAUGAUGACGAUGAUGUUCGUGUCACCAUCGGAGACAUCAAGACCGGAGCCCCGCAGUACACGUGCGUGUCUUUAAAGUAGAGGUCCCCACAGUACACGUGCGUGU